GUCAUUGGCGAUGAUAGGUACCCGGGUACCUAUAGAUGCAGCCGUAAGUUUAAGUGUUAACUUCCUUUACAAAUUUUGCUGUGAAUCUGAAUUACUACCUCUACUAGUCACUGGGAAAACAGAUAACGAUGACGGAAUCCAGACAUUCUAGAUCUGGUUAUCUGUGGUUUUUGAUCAAACAAAACAAAUAUUUCAAUUUGUAUCAAUAUUAAUUUUUUAGAAUACGGUAGUCUUAUUUUAACAUUAUAAAUAAUAAUGUCAGUAAUAGUGAGGAAUUUACAACGUGUUGUUGGAAUACGUGUGAAGCAAUUUCAUAUGGACAUAGUUCACUUGAAAAGAAUUUCUGGUUAUGACGAAUUUGAGUUAGGCGUACUUUUAGUAUCUAAUGAGGAAAUAAAAACACUAAAUCAAACAUACAGGAACCAUAAUGAGGUGACAGAUGUCUUAGCAUUUCCUUUUCACGAAGUGAGAUUUUUAAAUAAAUUAAUUAAAAAUGUAUAAUUUGAUUCAUUUAAUUUAAAUUAAAUGAUUUAAAUAUAAUUUAUAUAAAUUUCUUUAAUUUUAAUUAUCUCUUUCAUUACAGCUGGUUGUGGCAUCGAUUUUUGCAGACUCAGCAAUUAAAAUUUAAACACCUUAAUCUUAAACUUAAACUUAAAGAUGAAACUUCCACUUCCAGUAUUUUGUUCAUUCUCUAAGUCUAUCUGACUCGUUUAUUAACUUCUCUAUAAAUUAACAAAUAAAGCAAUAUAUAGACAAUAUAGUAGCAUUGAAAUAUGACUUCGAUGUGUCGUCCUUGGUAUUUCAGAAAAGUUCUUUGUCUCUUUGUUAUGACAACAAUGUGACUCCUUGGUAAAUGAAAGUGGGUGUUCGUGUUGUCACGUUGACGUCAGCGGUAAUUAAAAGGUUAAUUUGUUAUGCUUAAUUUUAAUAGGCCUGGCCUAAUUGUAUAAUAGGCAGCCUAUGUCAUAUUUUCAGGUUAGAGAAAAACAGCGUAGAUAAAAUUCAAAGGACUAUAGUUAAAAUAUAGCAGGCAGGCAUCGAAAAAGGUUCAGUUUACGCAAUCCACACCACACUGAGCUCCUGUAUAUGUAGGAUUUUCUCCCCUUUUUUAAUUCGUAGAUUGUUACUAAGAAUAAUUUAAUUUUAAUUUUUAUUUAAAAAUUCAUUAAAUUUGUAUGUUUUUUACUAGUUUUUAACAGUAUCAUUUUUAAAUACGGGUACCUAUUCUCAUGACAUUCCUGAUUUUAAUAUCUCUUGGUGAGUACUUAAAGCACUACAUCAACCCACUUCCCCCCCCACCUCCUUUCCUGUUUUAGCAGACAUGUUUGUGCACUACUUAUUUGUUUACACAGGUGCCACCUUUAAUUGAGUGUCGUGGAUUGUGUAAUUUUUUUUAACAGUACAGAACAGAGCACCAUCCUACACAGCCAGAAGACUGUUAUUUUUUGCAUCAGGAGAUUGGCAUCUUAUUGUCCUUAUAUAAACGAGUCAUGUGGCCACCAAACAGUCCAGAUUUAAACCCAGUCAACUUUGCAAUAUGGGGAGCUCUGCAAGAAAAAAAUUACCUUGGGCGUGGAAAAUAAUUACAAUAGUAGUUAAUAGGUCUGCAAAAAUUUUCUCCAUUACUUACAUUUUUUGCUAAGUUUUCCUGACAGCAGCAUAGAUGUCUAGUCGAAUGGCGCCAACGUUUGGGAAAGUUUUAAAAAUCCAGGGAGGAAAAAUUUAACAUAAUGUCUGAUUGAUAUAUUUUGGUAACUACAAAUACAAAUGUAAAAUUACAAAAAAUUUACUACUGGUACAAUAUUAAAAUAUAGUUAUUACUUGCUUAUACUGUUACUAAAUAGGUUAUGUAUAUUAUAAAGAGAGAGAUAAUAUACAAAGUGAGUGAGAUGUAAUAUAUGCUUUAUUAAUAUAAUCACUAAGUCAUUGCAGUUCACCUUUUUGACUCGGUCAGCAAAAAAAAAACUCAUCGAAUUCAGGGGCUGCAACAUGACUUCUCAAAAGAAAGAUUAAAAUUAAACAUUUUUUUUUAGUUAUUUUUAUAAAAACUAUACUCAUUAUUUUAAUUCCUACUUUAUGCAUAAAGAAAAUAUAUCAAAUUCCUUGAUAAUAUAAUAUAUUUAAAAUGGUAAAUAUUUUUUGUGAAUAUUUUAGGUCAUGUUUUACAAUGUUUAGAGGGGAAAAAAAUGUAGUUCAUGGGCACAAAGAAAGGAUGGUGAUAGGCAGAUAUUAUAUUUAUAUAGCAGAUAAAUAUUUCUCAAACUAAAUGAUGUGAGAAACGUUAAUAUCAUUACAUAGAGAACACCACAAAAUGUCUGCUAUUAUUAUUAUCCCUGUACUUGUAAUAUCAGGUCAUGUAUUCUAGUUUUUAAUAAUUUUUAACAUAUUUAAAAGAUCCCAGAACAUCUGGCAGGAAGUGUUCCAGAAGUAAAUGAUGAUGAAAAGAUGCUUGGAGAUAUAGUCUUGGGUGUUCCAUACAUACUCAGUGACGCCAUGAAACAUGGAGAUGAUUUUAACAGUGUGAUGCUGGUAAUAUGUGUGUGAUCUGGACAAUAACAAAUUAAUUUUAAUAACCAAAUGAAAGAAGUCUCAAGUCACUCAAAAUGAGAUAUCAAUUUUAAUGCUAAAACUCACAAAGUACCUGUACCAGAAUUAGAAUCUAAACUAAAAUGUAAUUACCGGUAUUAGUUGUUAGUAGAAGUAGAACCUAAACUAAAAUAUUUAUUAAAAUAUUUAUUAUUUAUCACUCUUCAUUUGCCUGAAAAAUUAUUUUUAAAAAAUAAAGUAUUUUCAGUUUUCUAGUUUCUAUUUAUCUAUUUGUUCACUGAAUAAGGCUUUUUGCUAACACCUUAGUUGUUAUUUUGGUGUCUGUUUUUAUGUUUUUUCCUUACAUAUCCCGGCAGUGUUAUUCAUAGUCGGAUCACUGCCUCAAUCAUAGUUCUCUAAAUGCUGCUUUUACAAAGAAAUCUUUUUUUCUCUCCAGACAAUGGUUGCACAUGGCCUUUUUCAUGUAGUUGGAUUUGAUCAUGAAACUCCUGAACAGUGGACCAUUAUGUAUAAUAAAGAACUUGAUAUCCUGAAAAAAUUCAAUAAACUGACAGGUUAUAAAUGCUCUCCUCUUUUGGGUGUUGGGCACAUUCAGGGUACCGAGUAUUGAUUAUAUUUUAUAUUCUUAAAAUUUCCCCUGACUUUUAAUUAAUGUAAUUUCUACUGUUCAAUAAAAUUAAUUUUAAAAAA